ACCUAUAAAGAUUAGAUGGAAUCAAGGAACAAUGUGACUUACUUUGUCCUCUUGGGCCUCACACAGAAUCUGAAGGAGCAGAAAGUCCUUUUUGUUACGUUCUUGCUCUUCUACAUUUUGACCCUGGUGGGCAACAUGCUCAUUGUUGUGACUGUAACUUUCAGUAAGACCCUGGACUCCCCAAUGUACUUUUUUCUUGCUAGCCUAUCAAUUAUGGAUGUCAUUUAUUCCUCUUCCAUUACCCCCAGACUGAUUUCAGACUUGUUCUUUGGGGAAAAUACUAUAUCCUUCCAGUCUUGUAUGACCCAGCUCUUUACAGAGCACUUUUCCAGUGGAUCAGGGGUGUUUAUUCUGUUGGUGAUGGCCUAUGAUCGCUAUGUGGCCAUCUGUAAGCCCUUGCAUUAUUUGGUUAUCAUGAGACAGUGGGUAUGUAUCGUGCUGCUAGUAAUGUGUUGGAUUGGAGGUUUCCUGCACUCAAUAAUUCAACUUUCCACUAUUUAUAGGCUCCCAUUCUGUGGUCCCAAUGUCAUUGAUCAUUUUUUCUGUGAUAUGUAUCCCUUAUUGAAGCUCAUCUGUACUGACACCUGUGUCACUGGCAUCUUAGUUGCCGCCAAUGGAGGACUGAUCUGCACUAUUGUGUUUCUGCUCUUACUCAUCUCUUAUGGUGUCAUCUUGCACUCUCUAAAGAACCUUAGUCAUGAAGGGAGGCGGAAAGCCCUCCAGACCUGUGGUUCCCACAUCACUGUGGUUGUCUUCUUCUUUGUUCCCUGUAUUUUUGAGUAUGUGAGACCUGCUAAGACCUUCCCCAUUGACAAAUCAUUGAGCGUGUUUUAUACAGUCAUAACCCCAAUGCUGAACCCAUUAAUCUACACUCUGAGAAAUUCAGAGAUGACAAAUGCUGUGAAGAAGCUCUGGAGAAGAGAUGUCCUACCUUAUAGUAAAUAA